AACAACUCAUUAUCCUUUCUGUCCCCUCCCCAUAUACUUCAUCGGUUGUCAGCACUGCUUCAUCCUCCCUCCUCCCUACACCAUUGGAUAUCAGCCGUCCUCACAAGUAUGUUAAAUCUAAAAGCAACCAGCAGCAGGAGUAGUCAGUGGCAACAUCUUCAUUUCAAUUGUAGCUCAUUUAAAGAGUAAAGGUAUGACCAGCGGUGAUCCCAAAGAGUACCUGGCGAGAAGAGAGAUCCCACAGCUAUUUGAGGGACUUUUGAAUGGAUUAAUGUGUUAUAGACCAGAUGAUCCAGUAGAUUACUUGGAAAACUGUUUGCAGAAAGUGAAGGAAUUGGGAGGCACUGAGAAAAUAAGAUGGGACACUUUUGUAGGCCCCGACAAGAGGAAUUUACCCCCACUCAAUGGUGGACAAGCUAGACGAUCAUUUUUCAGAAAUGUUUUGCCUGAAGGAGGUAAUUUCCCAUAUCGUCGCUAUGAUCGAUUGCCACCUAUCCAUCAGUUCUCCAUAGAAAGUGAUACAGACCUUUCAGAAACUGCAGAGCUGAUUGAAGAAUAUGAGGUCUUUGAUCCUUCCAGGCCUCACCCAAAAAUAAUACUUGUCAUAGGUGGUCCUGGCAGUGGAAAGGGAACACAGAGCCUGAAAAUAGCAGAGAGAUAUGGCUUUGAAUACAUAUCAGUGGGCGAGUUGUUAAGAAAGAAGAUCCACAGCACAAGCAGCAACAGAAAAUGGAUUCUAAUUGCUAAGAUAAUAACAACAGGCGAAUUAGCGCCACAGGAAACUACCAUUACUGAAAUAAAGCAAAAACUGAUGCAAAUGCCAGACUCUGAAGGCAUCGUCAUAGAUGGAUUUCCUCGAGAUGUAGCUCAGGCUCUCUCCUUCGAGGAUCAGAUCUGCACUCCAGAUUUAGUGGUGUUCCUGGCCUGUGCCAGUCACAAGCUGCAAGAACGCUUACAGAACCGUGCUGAGCAACAGGGGCGCCCGGAUGAUAAUAUCAAAGCUAUCCAGCGGAGACUGAUGAAUUUCAAGCAGAAUGCAGUCCCGCUGGUCAACUAUUUCCAGGAAAAAGGUCUCAUUAUCACAUUUGAUGCUGACAGGGAAGAGGAGGAAGUGUUCUGUGAUAUCAGUGCUGCUGUUGACAAUAAACUGAUUCCUGCAAAGAAGCCUGUGGCAGAGCCGAGUGAGCUUGACCUUAAUCUUAUUAUAGACAGCAGGGAAGCUGGUGACUUGGAGCCACAUUUUGAAGAACAGAGGCACGAGCUGAUGGCACCCUUUGGAGAUGACUGCCGGCUAAGAGAAGAGCUGAAGAAAGCAAAAGUAAUUUUUGUAGUAGGAGGCCCAGGAUCCGGCAAAGGAACACAGUGUGAAAAACUAUCAGAGAAAUAUGGAUUAUCAUCAGUGGCAAUCAGUGAGCUUCUGCAGAAUGACCUAGGAACUUGUACAGAGAGAAGCAAACUAAUCAAAGAUCUCAUGGAGCACGGAGAUCAGGUGCCAAUGGAUAUCAUCCUUGAAAUCCUUAAAGAAACGAUGACCUCUUGCCUUGGGAACUCAAAAGGAUUCCUUCUUGAUGGAUUUCCACGGGAAACCAAACAGGCAGAAGAAUUUGAAUGCAAGAUCAGCAAGCCAAACAUUGUGCUCUUCCUGGAUUGUUCUCCUGAAACUAUGACCAGUCGUCUCCUGAACAGAAGUAAAGCCAGUCAUCGGAAUGAUGCUAACAAAGAAACCAUCAGGAGGAGGUUGGACACAUACUACCAAGCUAUUGAUCCCAUAAUUACAUAUUACGAAAGAAAAUCUAUUUUAUACAAGAUUAAUGCAGAGAGAUCUCCAGAAGAUGUUUUUCUCCACAUUUGCUCAGUGGUGGAUUCUGUUUUCUGAGGGAAAAGAAGAUUUGGCUUCCAUGACAAAUGAAAUGUGUAUAUAGUGUAUAUUCAUUGCAGUUAUAUAUUUGUGAAUCAAACACUCGGAUCUGCUCUCCUGAUUGUUGCAUGGUGUUUCACAUUUAGCAAAUCACUUUUACAACAGAAAUUAUAAUUCACCUAAAAAAUCGAUAUGACUUUAUUGUUAUAUAAUACUACGCAGUAGAUUUCAAGGACAGGGAGAACUUAAUAGAUAAAGCUUUUAUGGAGGAAGAAGCACAGUGGGGCUCAUUUAGUAACACGGGGCGCAUUAGCUCAAGGACAGUUACCCGUAGCAACCAAUUAGCUUUGAUACAUAUACAGCAUGAUCUCUGAUUGCUAUUGGUAACUACAAUUGAGCUAAUUGUUAUUAAACGAACCAGCCCACGAGACUUCGAUUGAUCCAAGGCAUUAACAUGGGAAUCAGAUCUGGGCUUCCAUUUUCCAAAAUUCACUCC